CGUUUCCGUUUUUCUCUCCGGAAUAAGCAUCUCAAGGUAAGCGCCUCUGGAGACUGCAGAUAAUUACAUUAGGGGGCGCGGGUUUGCCCAGGACGCAGCCACUUCCUCGUCCCCAGACGCGCAGCGCUGAACCCCUGUGUCCGUCCCCGAGGGGCACCUGGGAGGUGUCCUGAGAACCCCGCGGGGAAUCUGGGCGGAAAACUGUUGGCAUCAGCAUUGAAUGAAGCUGGCCCCCGAAACCUGACCCCCACCGAAAUCUCUCACGCACGGCGUCCCUAAGAAAUGGUCAGGAAUAAAACGGACGGCCUGGUUAUCUGAAAAUUAGGGGGCGCGGAAAGUGGUAUUAAUGGGGCAAAACCCAGUAUUUUUUAAGCCGCUUAGGAGGCAGCUUCAAGUAUUAUACAGAACAUUCCACAGCCAUGACCGGGGGUUUCCCACCAACAUUGACUGUGGGCCUGGGCGUGGGAUGUUUGCACACAGACAAGGGAAGAAAGGCUGGAUUGAGGUGCACCCCUGCGGUGGUUUGGACGACCCUAAAACCCGCAGUUGAAAAUUAGUAAAUCUAAGGUGAGUAGGAAAGGGGUCCUAGACUUGCCUCACACAGACGAUGUUUCCUGGCCAAAGUGAUCAGAAUAUUAGUAAUCCUGUCUUUCCUUCCAAAAGACCAGUGGCGGCUCCAAGGGUGUAAUUGAAUUAUGACCGUGACACUGAGUUAAAUUUCCACCUGUUGCAGAUUAUUCUCUCGGAAAAGGUGGGAAAUUGUGCUUUCCUGACCUACAAGUUGACCUCAGGUGUACCAGAUCCAAGCAUAUAAAUGUAACCCUCAUCUGUCCGUCAGUCCCUCUGUCCUCCAGCAGCUCCUGGCUCAGAUCCCAGCACAGUGGCCCCCGCAGGAUGAAAUGUUGUCCUCUUGGUGCCAACUUAAGGGCAAAGAUUGGCUCUCACGGGCCUGGCUUGGGUGGUCGUGUCUGUCCCUGUACCAGUCACUGGCAGGUAACAAUGUGUGACUAGGCCAGGCUUGAGAAAUGUGCCCACCCCUCUCCCAGGGUUGGGGCUACACGGUGCUGGGCUGGCACAUUCCAGGGCUCUGCAGAGAAAAUCAGGGUUCCAUUAAGCCUGAAGAAAGUUAAAUGCAUGCUGGGCAGUUUCUCCACCUGGGUCCCUCACUUGUCCUCGCUCUUGGGAAGGGGUGUGCUUUGCUGUCACUUCUCACAUCAGCAUCAGCUGUGUCCAGGAUGCCAUAGAGAGGCUGUGGUAGUUAUGGUCUGCUGCUCUGCUCUGCUCUGUUCCUUGAGCCAUGGAGGUUGGGCAAGGCUGCAGGUGCAGCUUCUUAUGCCCUCCAGGGAAAGAGGAGGUUGCCAGGUCAUCUGAAGGUGUUCCUUGAUCUCACACCCGAGGCUAGCAUCGCCACCCGCCUCCCUGCUCCUCCGUGGUGGAAAGCAGGUUCAGGCCACUCUCUAUUCCCAUGGCUCCAUUCCCCCCUCGCCUGUUCGCAACAGCUGAUAAGCAGCAGAUGUCUGCAGCUGCAAUGGCCCCAGCCAUCGAGUUUCCUUUUCAUUUUCUACCCUGCUCUCCAGGGGCGCUCUCCAGAGGAAUGCCCUCGGUUCUUUCAACAGUCUGUUGCACCCGCUUAUUUUUCACCUCUUUGGUCUGAGCAGGAGAUGGAGUAAGUGUCUAUGCAGUUGAUCUGGGUGAAGCUUAAUGGCCAUGCGGGCACUUCUCUUCCUCCUCCUCAACAGCCAGGCUCCCCCACACCUGUCCUGGUCACUCAGAUGGUUUGGGCACAGCCAGCCAUUCAGCUUCUUUGCAGCUGUGACCACAGACCAUAUGGUGAUCUUCUGAGAUUCGGACAGCGUGAGAAUUGAUGCCCAGGCCUUUGAAUCUGUAUCAGUAAUGUUCUUGACUCUAUGACAGUCUCCCAGAACUGCUUCCAAACAAGGGAUUGCCAAUAUCUGAAUCCAGGCAUCAAAAAGAGAAAACACAGGAAUUUACUGAACUCUGAAACCAAAUGGGAAUUGGUCCUCUCCGGGCAGAGUGGCCGAGGCUGUGAAGGUGGCCAUUGACGUUGGGUACCGCCACAUUGACUGUGCCCAUGUUUACCAGAACGAGAACGAGGUGGGGAUGGCCCUUCAGGAGAAGAUCAAGGAGCAGGUGGUGAAGCGUGAGGACCUCUUCAUCGUCAGCAAGCUGUGGUCCACAUACCAUGAGAAGAACCUGGUGAAAGGAGCCUGCAAGAAGACGCUCAGUGACCUGAAGCUGGACUACCUGGACCUCUACCUUAUCCACUGGCCCAUCAGUUUCAAGCCCGGGAACGAAUUUUUCCCGUUGGAUGCGAAAGGCAACGUGAUUCCCUCUGACGCCGAUUUUGUGGACACAUGGGAGGCCAUGGAAGAGCUGGUGGACGAGGGGCUGGUGAAAUCUAUUGGAAUCUCCAACUUCAACCAUCUCCAGAUCGAGAAGCUCUUAAACAAACCUGGCUUAAAGCAUAAGCCGGUGGUUAACCAGAUCGAGUGCCACCCGUACCUCACUCAGGAGAAGCUGAUCCAGUAUUGCCAGUCCAAAGGCAUUGUGGUGACGGCCUACAGCCCCCUCGGCUCUCCCGACAGGCCCUGGGCCAAGCCCGAGGACCCUUCCCUGCUGGAUGACCCCAGGAUCAAAGCCAUAGCUGACAAGUACAAUAAAACCACAGCCCAGGUUCUGAUCCGGUUCCCCAUGCAGAGGAAUUUGGUCGUGAUCCCCAAGUCUGUGACCCCUGAACGCAUCACCGAGAACUUUCAGGUCUUUGACUUUGAGCUGAGCAGCGAGGAUAUGGCCACCUUACUGAGCUACAACAGGAACUGGCGGGUCUGUGCCUUGGUGAGCUGUGCCUCCCACCAGAAUUAUCCCUUCCAUGAAGAGUUUUGAAGCUGUGGGUGCCUGCUCUUCCCCAGGCCACCUGCCGCCAUUUCCUGCCUUGUUCUUCCUUUUUCAUAUACGUAGUGUAGUGUCGCCAUGUCCCUCACCACAGGGCAGUCACCUGCAGUUGCCCAGCCAGGGUGUGGCCAGCCUGGCAUUGAGGCCAACGAGCAGUCUCAGUAGAUUGGAGUCUCUUCCCGUUUUCUUUGCCCUUCAUGUCUGGGGAAGAUACAACCUCCAUACCCUUUCCUGACUAAGUUUAAUCUACAAAGUGAAAAUUAGUGCCACUAACAAUGGGAUUUUGGUUGCUUGGAACUGUAGUCCUUUCAGCCAGACUUCUUGCUCAAAUAAAAAGAACUUUUGUGAGCUUGA